GCUGCCUGGCCAAAGGUCCCCUGUGCUCCACAGGCACAGACUGCCGCUAACGUCGAGCUCCCCCAGCCCAGCUCAGCGCCCGUCCCCAUCUCGUCUCGCAGGCUCAGGCUUUAAACGCGCAUCUUAUCGCCGUCCACAAACCGCCGAGGCCUCGACUAGCUCUUCACAUGGCCGAGCAUCAGAGCUGAGCGGGUUUUGACCCCAUCGGCAAUUUGUGUGCUUGGUGUCGCUGCCGUUCCCGCCAUUAUUUAUUUGUCGUCUGCUGCCGCUCAAACGCCUCGCCUCGCCUGCAAGGACCCGAGCCAUCCCUCUCGCUCGACCUGGGGGUUGCCUCUCCACCACCACCACCACCUUCUCCGCUCCCCUUCGGGCUCGCUUUCCCUCCUUCACACACACGCUCGCCCAUCCGCAAAAGGCAUCUCUCUCCCCCUGCCAUGACCACCUUCCCAGCGCCCUCGAAGCCAUGACGCCCUGCGCGCCUCUGCCCAAGAAUGAGCACGACCGCGCCACUGCCGGCCCCGAAUCCGUCGCGCAGCAUCGUAUCGCCUCUGGCCCCGUCCCGUUCCGACGGCCGCCCACGCGCGGCGCACCCUCGGAGCGCUGCGAGCCCAGGCGGCCCCGUCCCCUGGAGGGACAUCACAGCCCGCCCAUCACAGCCUCGGCUACCUGCACCCACACCCGUCCCACCAGCCGUUUAAACCAAGAGCACACCCCGCGGCAGAAGAUACCGCCUCCUCCCCCGGCGGAGCCUUGGCGCCCCGCACGCCAUCUGCCGGCCGCGUACCCCGAAUAACCCCAGAGCACCGAUCCGCCGAUCCGCCCUCGCGCCCCCGCCGGCGGCCCUCCCCCGAUAACCCGCCGCGGCACAGACAAGCGCCCGGGCCACGCCGUCAUGUCAUCUUCGAGCCAGCAGAAUGCAGUGCCCAUCAACCAGCUGGGUCUCACCAACGACGAUGCGCUCCUCCUGCAGCAGACCCAGACCCAGGUGGCGGCGGCCGGCGGCUCGUCUUCGUCGCGCGCCGCCAGCCGCGCCUCGUCGCAGGGCCUGCUAAUGAUGGACACGGGCUCGCUCGCCCAACUCGGCCGCCACUUCGACCGCGCCAUGCAGCAGAUACAACAACGCAUCGCCUACCUCUCGGAGCAGUGCGAGGCCGCCACCCGCGCCAUGUACGACGAGGCCGGCAACAUAGUCGCCGACGCCGACGCCGAGAUUGCCCGCUUCCACCGCCUGAACGAGGAGCUCGACGCCCUCGACCUCGAGUUCGAUCGGAUCCAGAACAUACGGGACAUCGUCAAGGGGUACAGGCAGCGCGCCGCCGAGCUGGAGCGCGAGCUGGCCGCCUCGUCGUCCACCAGCUCGCGGCACCACCACUCCUCCGGCAGCAGCCGCCACCACCACAGCGGCCACAAGCACGGCCACGCGAGCUCCUCGCGCCACCGACACUGAGCACCCGCGGCCCUCUGGUCGUAACCGUCCGAAUCAGCAUGGAUUGUUUAGAAUGGAUUAAGGGCCUCACGGCUGCAAUAAGAUGGGAAUAGCCUCGCGGCUCGUUGGAAUUUUGUGGUAACGGCGUUUCUUAUUCUCGACACGCAGUUAUGUAUUAAUGUUUCUUGAAUUUUCGGUUGGUUUUGUUUCGGCAUCAAUGGCUUUUUGCUUUUUAUCUUUCGCCAUGAUUGUUUUAGUUCCAUUUCUCAUCGUUUAUUUUACUCUAUUUGUUUUAAAUCAAGGGCGAGAACCCGCCGGCGUCACGGAUAAUCAAGAAAUGCAUUCAGUUCCCCAAACAUA